AUGAAUCCACAAAGCCCUACUAUAACUAAGUUUAGAGUUAGGAAGUAUUCGAUAUCCAAGCCUUCAGAAGAUGAAAGAAGUCCCGGAGAUCUGAGUCACACUGGAGAAAGUAAAGGUCAAGUGCACCACCAUGGAACACAACCAAAUUCCGAACCUGGACCUGGACCGGGACCACAACCAAGACUCCCUCAAAAGCCCCUAAUUGGAUACCAACAACUUUAUCCAGAACAGAAACCACUUCAAUCAGAGCUGCAGCAGAAACAAGAACAACAACAACAACCACCUUUUCCACAACAAAAACAACAACAACGAUCUGUAGAAUCAACAACCCCGCCGGUCUCUCAAAAACGUCAGCUGACCGAGACCGGACUACCGCCAAAAGUCACUAGUUGUAUUAGGUGCAGAAAGUUGAAAAAAAAGUGUCGUCGGAAUGAGAAUAGAAGCAAAGUAGAAGGUACAGCUGUCCUUAUACUACAGUCAGACCAAGGAAGCCAAAAUGAUGGUAAUAAUCUUGAUAAUGUUCAUGCGAAAGGCUUACCAGAGUGUACCAACUGCGAACGAGCAGGAGAGCUUUGCCAGUAUAUCACAAGGAAACAAAGAGUUGUAAAGAAGCCAAGAACUAGUAGUUUAGAAUCAAGAACCCUGCUGGAGUUAAAAGAGAGUGAACAGAGAGAAAAUUUACAAAAUACACCCAAUGAUCCAGGUGUUUUAUUAAAUCAAUACGGAAUAAAUGACCAAAAUGGCCCAAAUGGCUCAAAUGGCCAAAGUAGUCAAAAUGGACAAACCGAGCAGAAUAGUCUUAAUGGAACCUCUUUGAGUACAAAUACUAAUACGACAUUACCCGAGAUGCUCAAUGCAAAAGAUACUCGGAGUAGUGUUAGUAGCAAUCGCCAAAGUCUGCCAGAAUCCUAUAAUGGAGACCCAGGAAGGCAAUCACUAUCAAAUGGUGGAGGCUUGUUGGAUCAUAGAGCCUUGUCGUACGACUAUUCCGUAAACAGUGCAAAUGGAUAUGCACCGUCUUUCAGAAACUAUGAACAAAAUCAAAAUCAAAAUCAAAAUCAAAAUCAAAACCAAAAGCAGGAGCAGAACCAGUCUCAAAAUCUGAACCAACAUCAACAUCACAACCAAGAACGUCAAUUUACACCCACCAUGCCUUACCCAGAAUACUCAUCCUCUAUUCCACCGUAUCAGAACAGGAGGUUUCCUCAAACAUCUUUGCAUGCACCACCUACUCAGAAUUCAAAUGGAGAGGUCCAGAAGCCAGCUGAUCAAGAUGCCAAUCAACUUGUUUUGACCACAUCGACUGAUUCGACAAUCGCUCCCACUUUGCCCAACUUGAAUGCAAUCGACGCACUUGCCCCCAAUUUUGAUGCAUACCCAAAACAAAUUUCGAAAGUGCUCUAUGGAGCCGUGGGAAUUAAGACAAAUUCAAACGUAAGUAUAAUUCCACCAAUCACCGACCAGGUGCUUUUGACGCGCAUUAUGAAUGCGUUUUUUAUGCACACCUACAGAAUAUGUCCCGUGAUAAACAAGAGCAAGUUCAUGACAAGAUUUAAUAGGUUAUUCAAGAAUGGAGAUGGUAUUGCUGCCCUCGAAGAGUUUGACGACCAAUACGAGCUUUAUAUGGUUUUGGCUAUUGGCGGUACUCAUUUAGAGAGAUCUAGAAUAAUUGGCAGAGAUAAGCGGAUCUCGGAGUAUUUUGUUUCUAUGGCAUUGACUAGCGUACACAACAACAUUUCUAAAAAUGACAUAAAGAGCAUGAAAAAUUUGAUGCUAUUAGCAUUAUACUCAUUUUUCAAUCCUGCAGAGUUUAUUGCAUGGGAAAUAUCGGGCAAACUAGCAAGAAUGGCGAUUCAUUUGGGUUUAAAUCAAGCCAUCUCGGAUUCGGAAGCUAGCGCUCUAUCAGCCAGACAGAUUGAGAUGAGGACUAGGUUGCUUUGGUCUGUUUACACCAUAGAUCGGUUAACCUCAGUGACUUUGGGACGGCCUGUAGCCUUACAAGAUGACGACAUCAAUGUGCCAUUGCCACUGAUUUUGGAUGACGAUGAGAUUGAUGAUAUUACUACUUACAGACUUGUGAUUCACCUUAGACAGAUUGAAGGUCAGAUUUUGAAACGCGUUCACUCUGUGAAUGUCCACAAGAAGAAAGCAAAUCGAAACCGACUGGAAGCUGAAGUGUGCGAGCAAGUAUUGACAGAAUUACGAGACGAAGUUGAGGAGUGGCACAACAAGGCAACAGAGCUAGAGACACUUACUACAAAACCUAAACAAUCGCUUGCUUUUAGAGCGCUGAUUCCAUGGUUUACCGCUAGAUACAAUCAUCUUUUAAUUUUGCUAUACAGACCCUCAUACUUGAAUCCUCAACCGCUGCAGGAUAUAUUGGACACAUUGGGCAAAGCAUGUCUCGAAACUUUAUCAGCCACUUAUAAGCUAUUCAAGGCGAAAUCACUACCACUCAAUUGGACCACUUUGUACAGGUUUCUCAUGGUUGGUACCACGAUCUUAUACUGUUUGUGUAAAUGGGCCAUUGACUUGAUGGAGUGCAAGACAGAGAUCUGCUAUUGCAUAGAGAUUUUUCAAGCUUUUGGAAGUGAUUGGGUCGUGGCCAAGAAAUGUGCUGAGGUGUUUAAAACAAUUGAGAAUAAAUUAUUGGAAAUUACUUUGACAGAUGGCCAUACAAGUGAUAUGGACAACUUGUCGAAAGAAUUGUUGGGUGCGUCAUCGUCAUACCAUGAGAUUUUAAAUGUCCAUUCGGUAGACUUGUGCAUCGAUAGCCAGUACAUGUACGGUUUCGAAAGCUAG